AGCCCCGCCACGAGGAAGACUAUCAUCUACGGUUCUUGACGGCUUCACUCGAAUCUCAGCGCAACUAUGUGCAACGUGUCGAUUGGGUAUUGAUAUCUAAUCUUUACACGUUAUUACCCUCAACCGUCAAUUCAGGCGGGCAAGACAUGCUGAGGCAGACUCGGCCUAUUGCGAUUCGUUGGCACUCAGUGAUUUCAACUCUCCCCUCGUCACGCCACCGAUUUUCGACCCGCUGGGGUUCACUACAUCCACGCUCAACAACGUCCCUUUCUUUGACCAAGCAUAGAAGAAUUGAAGAUAACGAACCAGAGAUGCCUGAACAACGCCUAGCCGACGAAGGCUAUGAGAUUCUUAUUCCCAAACUGCGUCAUUUGGCAGCCUCACUGGAUGGAAAAUCGACGUGCAUUAGCUGCAAUGAACUGAAAGACAACUCAAACCGACUUUUCCGCCUCGCAAUGGAUGAUGGGCGCGAACUCAUAGCCAAAAUACCCUCUCCGCAUUCUGGGCUCGCCUUUUACACCACAGCUUCUGAAGUGGCGACUAUGGAAUUUUUGCGUCUUUACACAGCUGUUCCAGUUCCAAAAGUCGUCGCUUGGAGCUCAGAACCGACAAAUGAGAUUGGUGCGGAAUACAUAAUUACGGAGAAGGUCCCUGGUGUUACCCUCUCAAAGUCGUGGGAUAGCUUACAGCCCUUGGAUCAAUACCAUAUCAUUGAACGGAUUGUCCAAAUUGAAAGGGCCCUUGCAAGACUGGAUUUCCCCGCAUAUGGAGCUCUUUACUUACGGGAGUUUUACCCCGCCGAUCUCAAGAAAAUCUCUAUCUCGGACACGUUAGAUCGUGACCACCUGUUCUGCGUUGGCAAAACUGUGGACGCAGAGCCAUGUGAAACUUUAAAGGGUUUUGCACUGUCGUUCAUCCAACAAGAUCUGAAUACGAAUGAAAGUACAGACGCGGAAAGCAAAGGUCACGGAUCUCUGUGUCUUAGUCAACGCCGUCUUCUGCCGCAGAGUGUUUCAAACAUCAUUACCACGUUGUCAUCGGAAGAUCGUGCUCAAAAGGUAUCAAGACCAGUGCUAUGGCAUCCUGCUUUACACCUCAAGAACAUUAUCGUUUCACCAGAUGACCCCACGCGUAUUCAGGGUAUAACUGGCUGGCGCUCUUCCCAAGUAUUGCCUCUUUUUUUACAGGCCCGUUUUCCUGAAUUCUUGGGUACUCCGACUUUCUAUCAGUUUGGGGAUGGCCUACCGAGUCUAGCGGGCUUUAAUGAAAUGAAUAAUGAAGAACAGGAUCGAGCUCUCAAGAUGAAAAGUUUGGUGGCGCGAUCCCGUUACUACGAAAUGUGUCUCGCUCAAAUACACGAAUUGGCCUAUGACGCUAUGACGCUUGAUCAAAGACUAGGGGAUCCUUUUCAACACUGCCGGGCUCAAGGGCACGUCACCCCACCACAGCGGCUCCUAGGCUCCGGGUUAUCAAUUGUUCAAUCGGAUGCUGACCAGAUGCGCCACAGAGCUGCCGAUUCCAAGCCGAGCUCUGUCGUAGAUGUGUUGACCAUCUUUAGUCAAAACCUCCGAAGAAUCUUCGGUUCCAAUGCCAACUUGAAGAAGCUUUAA